GUGGAAAGGAUUAGAGACUGUUGAUCUUCUCUUAUUCCUUCCAAUUCCAAUUUUCUGGUUCAUUCCCCUUCUAUUAUUCCUUCCCGUUUCACAGCCACCCAACACACGAAAAUGGCAUUCUCUUCUAUCCCAACUGCAUUAUUAACCUCAUCAAGUAAGGCACCGCCACCCGUUCAGGUUGCACUACGUCACCCAGAAUCAGUUUUUCAUCCUAGUGUUUGGGGAGAUCAUUUCCUUGCCUACGCUUCUGCUGACAUGGAAGUGGAUAUCAACAUGAAGCAAAAUCAUCAACAGCUUAAAGAAAAUGUGAUAAAGCAGCUAGUGGAAGCAAAUGGUGAUUGUUCACAACAGCUAGACCUUAUUGAUGUAAUCCAACGCCUAGGCGUGGCCUACCAAUUUGAAACAGAGAUUGACCAAGGCUUACAUCAAAUAUAUGAAACCUAUCAUCAAAGUGGUCACAAAUAUGUCAACGAUGAUGAGGAUCUUUACAUUACUGCUCUCUCGUUUCGAUUACUGAGACAACACGGAUAUCCUGUAUCUUGUGAUGUAUUCAACAAACUCAAGGACAAUGAAGGAAAAUUUAAGGAAUCCUUGAUUGGUGAUGUGAGAGGAUUAUUGAGCUUGUACGAAGCUACAUUUUUGAGUGUACAUCACGAAGAUAUACUAGAUGAAGCAAUGGAAUUUACCACCACUCACCUCAAUUCUGCACUACCGAACUUGAGCAAUAAUCCAAUCGCAGCACAAGUAGUUCAUGCUCUAUAUCAGCCCAUCCACAAGGGCUUGACAAGGCUUGAGUCAAGGCAUUAUAUUUCCUUCUAUCAAAAAGAUGAUUCCCACAAUAAAAUUCUAUUGGAUUUUGCAAAAUUGGAUUUCAACUUAUUGCAGAAAUUGCACCAGAAGGAGUUAAGCGAAAUCACAAGCUGGUGGAAAGAAUUGGAUGUUGCAAGGAAACUAUCAUUUGCAAGAGACAGAGUAGUGGAGUUGUACUUUUGGACAUUGGGAGUGUACUUUGAGCCUCAAUAUGUUCUUGCUAGAAGAAUUCUAACCAAAAUGAUUUGUUUGGUUUCGAUUAUUGAUGACAUCUAUGAUGCUAGCCAGGCUACCAUCGAAGAACUUGUGCUUUUCAAUGAGGCAAUUCAAAGGUGGGAAGUUAGUUCCAUGGAUCAACUUCCGGACUACAUGAAACUUGUUUAUCAAGCAGUUUUGGAUGCUUACAACAUGAUUGAUGAAGAAAUGGCCAAGCAAGGAAAAUUAUAUGCAAUCGACUAUGCAAAAUCCGCAGUGAAAGAUAUGACCAGAGGAUUCUUGGCUGAAGCCAAAUGGUACCACGAAGGCUAUGUUCCAAGUUUCGAAGAGUAUAUGCCAACUGCAAUAUUGAGCGGUGGUCAACAAGCGCUUGCAAUCACUUUCCUUCUUGGAAUGGGAGAGUUGGCGACCAAAGAGGCCCUUGAUUGGCUGUAUACUGAUCCUUUAAUUGUUCAAGGUGCAUCAGUGGUAGGCAGGCUCAUGGAUGAUGUGGUAGGCCACGAGUUUGAGCAAAAGAGAGGUCAUGUAGCCUCAGCAGUUGAAUGCUACAUGAAACAACAUUGUGUAACAGAAGAAGAGGUAAUUGUUGAAUUUGGAAAGCAAGUUACAAAUGCAUGGAAAGACAUGAACUCAGAGUGCCUCAACCCAACUGCCGCCCCAAUGCCUCUCCUCGUGCGAGUUCUCAAUCUUGCACGAGUGGUUUAUGUUAUAUACCAUGAUGGAGAUAUUUACACUCAUUCUAAAACCAAGCUCAAGGAAUAUGUGACCUCAGUACUCGUUGAUUAUGUGCCAAUUUGAAAUCCUGCAACAGGUUUAGCCCGAAGAUCAAGUAAUAUGAACACCUAUCUGUAUCGAUUUCUAUGUCGUCAAAUAAAGCAUAUGAACACGUAUGUUCAUUAUAGAUUGCUCUAGUACUGCUUGAAGAACUAAAGCUAGAGAUGCUUCUAAAGGCCUUGUUUUGAUCAAAUAAACCAGUGGAAUGCAUGCUUUUGUUGUUUUUUAAGCUAGGUUUAGGGAUCCUCCGUGUUUAUUGCGUGCAAUGUACGGAUUAUUCCAUCCAGAAAUAAAGUUGUCUCUGCUGU